AUGGUAUCUACCAAGGGUGACAAGAUGAUCAGCAGAGUAUGCAACAGGAGCUCUCAGGACUCUGCAGCUCCUCCGGAUGUGAACAAUCCACCCUCUUACAUCCCGUUGAGAUCGAUUGAGGAUAGGUAUCAGAUAGUCGAAGAGCUCGGCAAUGGGUCUUUUGGGUGCGUUUCGCUCGCCAAGGCUCAGAUAGAUCUUGGAAAGAUUAACGAACCUCGCGGCAGCGGAUUGAAACCGUCUUUUUACAGAAAUACGCUGUUGAAUCAGGAAAAAAUGGAGCACGAGAAUUUCUUUAGCAAAUCGCAACGCUUGGUUGCUAUCAAAACAAUGAUGACCAAGUUACCGACGUUGCACGACUAUACUCGCGUUAGGGAGAUCAAAUUUAUUUUAUCGAUACCGGCGCAUAAGCAUCUGAUUCAAAUUUUUGAGAUUUUUAUCGAUUCUCAGCAUUACCAGUUGCACAUCGUAAUGGAAUGCAUGGAGCAAAAUUUAUACCAAAUGAUGAGACAUAGAAGACGCAGAGUGUUUUCAAUUCCAUCUUUGAAAUCCAUUCUAGCACAAAUACUAGCUGGUCUAAAACAUAUUCAUGAACACGAUUUUUUCCAUAGAGAUUUGAAACCUGAAAAUAUAUUGAUAAGUGCAAGUACAAGAUAUUUUGAUAAAAAAUGGCUCAAUGAUGGUAAAUAUACUGACAAUUAUAUUGUUAAAUUGGCAGAUUUUGGUUUAGCAAGACAUGUUCAAAACAAAAACCCAUAUACUGCUUAUGUCUCUACUCGCUGGUAUAGAUCACCAGAGAUUUUAUUACGUAGCGGCUAUUAUUCGACACCAUUAGAUAUUUGGGCAUUUGGUUGCGUUGCAGUUGAAGUCACAAUUUUUAAGCCAUUAUUUCCUGGUUCAAAUGAAAUGGAUCAAAUCUGGAAAAUUUUAGAGAUUCUAGGUACUCCCCAUAAAACAGAUGAAUCAAUACUUUCUAAUUAUAUUUCUCACGGCGGCUCAUGGGAAAACGCAAAAGAAUUUGCUCAAAGAUUAAAUAUGAAAUUUCCAUAUAUUGAAGGUUCAGGAUUAGAUUCGUUGAUCUCAAGUUCUCAGUUGAAAAAUCUAAUUGAAGUUAUCAAGCUGUGUUUAAAAUGGGACCCAGAUGAAAGAGCUGAUGUUAGUCAGUUAUGUUCGAUGGAAUUUUUCCAUGAUACAAUUCUUGAUGAAAGAGAACCUUCUAUUAAAAGAUCAAAAAAUAAUAUAGAGCCAACAUUAAUAUUUGCUGGAGUGAAAUCCUCAACAAGUUCAAACAAAAAUUCUUUGAAUCAUCACUCAAGGAAGUUAAUCUUCCAUUCUGAAAAUUUAUUGAAACACCAACAAGCCCAUCAAGUUCACUCAUUGAAUAACGAAAAUGAAACUGGAAGUGUAGCUGAGAAUGAAAAUGAGAAUGAAAACAAUAAUAAUGAUGAUAUCAUUAUUAAUGACGCAAAAAAUCAAAGAGAAGAUAAUGACGAAAAACGUUCAUCGUUUGAUAAAAUAGUUAAUAUCAAUCCAAUGAAUGAUAUUAAUCGUAAUGAUAGCAAUGAUGAACUUCUGAGUAAUCAUAACCAUCGUCGUCAUGAUGAUGAUGAAAUUGAUAUAUCGAAAGAAAUUGCAGAGAAUAUUGCUUUAUGUCAAAUACCAAUUUUUGAAAAUGGUCAAUUUUUGCAACAAUCAAAUAUUGAUUUUGAUUUGAAUGAUAAAAGUCUCAAGAAUUUAGCCAAUGAAAUUGAUACUUUUGAUGAACAAAAUCCAGUAGAUUCAUUUUCGCAAUACUAUAGUACAACUACAAAUUCAAAUGUCAUUGUUAAUACAAUGACAAUACCAAUUGAAUCAAAUUAUGUUCACCAUCAUCAUUCCCAUCAUGGUCCUCGCACUGAUCGUGAUACUAGCGUACUCAAUAAUUGCAACAGUAAUGAUAUUAGCACAUUACAACCGGUCAAGAAACUUUUGGAUAAUAUGUCAAUUGACGAUUCUUUCAAUACGAAUGUCAAUAAUCAAUACUCGAAUGUUAUACCACGAAGUUUCCUUUCGAAGGAGCAAAUGACUGAGGAAACCAACAAACAACUACUAGAAUUGGAAAGAGGAAAUAUUCAAUACCAACAAAAUGAUCACCAGAAUCAGAAUAUGAACGAAAGUUCAAAUUAUAGUCAAAAACAUCAGGAGCAAGUAUAUUUUGGGAAUGUUACAUUUUAA